GACGCCAAGCCCAGCCCGCCUCUGAGCGCCUGCUGCGGGCGUGGCGACGCCAUGGAGCGUUUUGAUAAAGCGGCUCUGAACGCGCUGCAGCCGUGCGACUUCAGAAAUGAAAGUUCAUUAGCAUCCACUCUGAAGACCCUCCUGUUCUUCACAGCUUUAAUGAUCACUGUACCUAUUGGGUUAUAUUUCACGACUAAAUCUUAUGUUUUUGAAGGCGCCUUUGGGAUGUCCAAUAGGAACAGCUAUUUUUAUGCUGCUAUUGUUGCAGUGGUCGCCGUCCAUGUGGUGCUCGCCCUCUUUGUUUAUGUGGCCUGGAAUGAAGGCUCAAGGCAGUCUGAAGGUAAACAGGAUUAA